AUGGUUCACGGAAGACACGGUCACGACGAAUCCGAAGGAAAUACUUUCCUCGGUAAAGAACUCAAAUACUUCUCACAGGCAGGUUUCGACCUCGACAGAAUUCACAUAAAACGAAAUGCACCUAUCGCUUCCCUUUACGAAGAUGCCAUCCUCAACGAAGGUGCCGUUAUCUCCUCAAGCGGUGCUUUGAUAAACUUCUCAGGAAAGAAAACUGGUCGAAGUCCCAAAGACAAAAGAAUCGUCUACGAAGAGACCAGUAAAGAUGAUGUCUGGUGGGGUCCCGUGAAUAUCAAGAUGGAUGAGCACACAUUUGAAAUCAACCGAGAACGAGCUAUCGAUUACCUUAACACUCGAGAGAACGUAUAUGUGUUCGAUGGGUUUGCCGGUUGGGACCCUAAAUACCGAAUCAAAGUUCGAGUCAUCGCUUCUCGAGCUUAUCACGCACUAUUCAUGCACAACAUGUUAAUCAGACCUACAGCUGAAGAACUUGAAAACUUUGGUGAACCAGAUUUCAUCAUUUAUAAUGCUGGUCAAUUCCCCGCCAAUCGAUUCACAACAGGUAUGACUUCGACCACAUCAGUAGAAGUCAACUUCAAACGAAUGGAAAUGGUCAUUCUCGGUACUGAAUACGCUGGUGAAAUGAAGAAAGGUAUCUUCUCAGUUAUGCAUUAUCUUCAACCAGUUAAAUUCGGUCAACUCUCUCUUCACUCUUCAGCAAAUCAAGCUAAAGGCGAUAACGGAGAUGUAACCCUCUUCUUCGGUCUGUCCGGUACAGGAAAAACAACUCUUUCAGCCGACCCCAAUCGAUUAUUGAUUGGUGAUGAUGAACACGUUUGGUCAGACACUGGUGUCUUCAACAUCGAAGGUGGUUGUUACGCCAAGACAAUCAACCUGUCCGCUGAAAAGGAACCUGAAAUCUUCAACGCCAUCAGAUUUGGUUCUAUUCUCGAGAACGUAGUCUACAACCCUGCUGACAGAGCUCCCGAUUACGAUGAUGUCUCAAUCACCGAGAACACUCGAUGCGCCUACCCUAUCGAAUACAUUCCUAACGCCAAAAUCCCUUGUAUCGCCGACCGACAACCAUCCAAUAUCAUCAUGUUGACAUGCGACGCUUUCGGUGUAUUACCUCCUGUAUCUCGAUUGACCCCUGAACAAGCUCAAUACCACUUUGUAGCUGGUUACACAUCCAAAACACCUGGUACUGAAGAUGGUAUCGUGGAACCUUCACCUACAUUCUCAACUUGUUACGGACAACCUUUCAUCGUCUUACACCCUGGUAGAUAUGCCAAGAUGUUAGCUGAACGAAUGGAGAAGAACAAAGUUGAUUGUUGGUUGAUCAACACCGGUUGGACUGGAGGUAAAUUCGGUACAGGAAAACGAUGUCCUCUUAAAUAUACCAGAGCGAUCGUCGAUGCUAUCCACAAUGGUUCAUUGGCAAAAGCAGAAUUUGAAAACUUCCCAAUCUUUAACCUUGCCAUUCCUAAAGCAAUUGAAGGUGUACCCAGUGAAAUUUUGGACCCCGUCAAAGUUUGGCCAUCAAAAGAUGCUUUCAAUGCUGAAGUCAACAAACUCGGUGGGAUGUUCCAAAAGGCCUUCUCGAAAUAUGAAGCUGGUUUAUCGAAAGAAGUCUUACUUUCUGGACCUCAGCUAUAA